GAAGAGGUAGCCCGGCCGAGCGCAUCGGAGACGCCUGCCACUCGCCGUCAUGCCGUUCCCGUUCGGAAAGUCGCACAAAUCUCCAGCAGACAUUGUGAAGAACCUGAAGGAGAGCAUGGCCGUUCUGGAAAAGCAAGACAUUUCCGACAAAAAAGCAGAAAAAGCUACAGAAGAAGUUUCCAAAAACUUGGUUGCCAUGAAAGAAAUCCUAUAUGGCACCAACGAGAAGGAGCCUCAGACGGAAGCUGUGGCCCAGCUCGCGCAAGAACUGUACAACAGCGGCCUCCUCGGCACCCUGGUCGCCGACCUACAGCUCAUUGACUUUGAGGGCAAAAAAGACGUGGCUCAAAUUUUCAACAAUAUUCUCAGAAGACAAAUUGGUACAAGAACUCCUACUGUUGAAUACAUCUGCACCCAACAGAAUAUUUUGUUCAUGUUAUUGAAAGGGUAUGAGUCUCCAGAAAUAGCUCUAAAUUGUGGAAUCAUGUUACGAGAAUGCAUCAGGCACGAACCGCUUGCAAAAAUCAUUUUGUGGUCAGAACAGUUCUACGAUUUCUUCAGAUAUGUGGAGAUGUCAACGUUUGACAUAGCUUCUGAUGCAUUUGCUACAUUCAAGGAUUUACUGACGAGACACAAGUUGCUCAGCGCAGAAUUUCUGGAGCAGCAUUAUGAUAGAUUCUUCAGUGAAUAUGAGAAGCUGCUUCAUUCAGAAAAUUAUGUGACAAAAAGACAGUCACUCAAGCUUCUCGGUGAGCUCCUGUUAGACAGACACAACUUCACCAUCAUGACCAAGUACAUCAGCAAACCCGAGAACCUCAAGUUGAUGAUGAACCUUCUGCGAGACAAAAGCCGCAACAUCCAGUUCGAGGCCUUCCACGUUUUCAAGGUGUUUGUAGCCAAUCCCAACAAGACUCAGCCCAUCCUGGAUAUCCUCCUCAAGAACCAGACGAAACUGAUAGAAUUCCUCAGCAAGUUCCAGAAUGACAGGACCGAGGACGAACAGUUUAAUGAUGAGAAGACCUAUCUAGUUAAACAGAUCAGGGAUUUGAAGAGACCAGCCCAGCAAGAAGCCUAAUUCCCAAUAAACAUCUCAAAUAUUAAAUCCAAAUUCAGCAUUUGCUGUUAGCUCCUCAGCAUCAGGCUCUCUUACCGACUCAUGAGGAACAUUACUGCUAGUCUGCUGUUAAGUGAACGGUUUCUCGUUUUACCUUUUUUGGGGUUUUUUUGGUUUCUUUUUUUAGUCCCAGUUGGAGAGCGUAGCUGCUGCUUCUUGCCCCCUCUAGCACACGUGGACUUUUCCUGAUCUCUGCGUCGUUUCAGAAUGCAGAGACUGUUUGCUGUAGGAGUUCUGAACACGGCUAGGUUCCUGAGACGAAGGUCUAGAUCGUAGCGUGGUUUAGGGGAUAUGAGGG